AUGUCCAUGAGAUCACCUCGCGGUCCUUCGCCGCAGCGCUCACUCGACCAGGACCGACCACGAUCGCGGUCGCGUUCUGUGCGUCGCUCAAGGCCUUUGAGUGAAACCCCCCGGGAUACAAGCCAGAGUCCUUCCCAUGGACGCCGCGAUCGCCAUCAUUCAAGAACCCGUUCCCCCUCUCGCGGCAGAACCCGAUCCCGCAGUCGCAGCCGGGGUGGUCGUCGUUACCAUAGCAAGAGUGACAGUCGCUCGCUCACUCCGAAUCAAAGCCCUCCAAGAAGUUCCAAGAUUGUGGUAGAGAAAUUAACUAAAAAUGUUACGGAAAAUCACAUUCGAGAGAUCUUUGGGGACUUUGGAGACAUUGAGUACCUUGACCUGCCGACCAACAAAGCUUUUAUGACCAAUCGAGGAACGGCAUAUAUCCUUUACUAUGAUCCUGCCGAUGCAGAGGCUGCUAUUGCUCACAUGCACGAGGCUCAGCUUGAUGGGGCCAUCCUGAAUGUCUCAAUUGUUCUUCCUCGGCGGAAAUUCUCAAACUCACCCCCUCCUGCAUCAAACCGAGGCAAUGGGGGCCAAGACACGGCGGUGGAAGACCUACAGAACGCCAUGAUGUCUACAGGCCAAGGUCUCUAUCACGCUCACGAUCUCCCGUUCGUGAGCGGUCAUUUUCAUCUCGAUCACGGUCCCCCCCACCCAGACGAGGUAGCAUUCGCGCAGAUUCGCGUCACCGCAGGCGCCGUAGCCCAAGCUAUAGGAGUUAUGGUGACAGCAGUCGAAGCCGCAGCCCAGCCAGAAGCCGUGGCCGAAACCGCCACUGAUAACCUAACAGUCCGAAAUAUCAUGGCAGCAACCGAAUGUUUGCUGCACAAUAUCCACCAUAAAUGUAUUGAAACCUAA